UCACGCUUUGAGUGGUUAACUCAAAGAAAUUAACAAUACUUCCAUGAGAACAGAUCAUGUACACCUAAACAGGUAAAAUCGUUGUGCUUGCAAAGAUAGAGAAAAUAAGUGCUUUUUAAUUUAACUGGCAUUGUACACUUGUAAAUUCAGUCUUGUGUGGGGUGUUUGGUUGAGUUGUUCCAUACAAGACAAGGACACACAUAUUGGAUCAUCUUUGUGAAGAUGGAGACUUUUAAGAGUUGGAUGAGAGACUGGAAGUACCCCACUUCAUUAUUAUGCAUCUAUGGGUUCUUCAGCACAGUAAAACCUUUAGAACCAUUCCUCAUCCCAUUCCUAACUGGACCAGACAAGAACCUCACCAUGGAGCAGGUGACCAAUCAGAUAUUCCCAGUGUGGACGUACUCUUACCUGGCUGUGCUGGUACCUGUCUUCCUCCUCACUGAUUGGCUACGUUACAAACCUGUGAUGGUGUUCCAGUGCUCUGCUCUGUUUGCCACCACAGCGAUGUUGCUCUGGUUACAGGGCGUACCAGAAAUGCAGAUCGUGCAGUUUACAUACGGAGUGGUGACGUCGUGCGACGUUGCUUACUUCACAUACAUCUACAGCAUGGUGGAGCUGAAGCACUACCUGAAAGCCACCUCGUACUGCCGCACAGCUCAGCUGCUGGGCUACACCGUUGGUUCAGUGCUGGGACAAGUCCUGGUGUCUUUCGAACUGCUGUCCUACUACUACAUUCUUGUCUUUACAAUGGUUCUCACCUCCAUGGCAUGGAUCACCACAAUCCUUCUCCCAAUGCCCAAGACAAGUAUGUUCUUCCACCAAAGGAAGCAAGCUAGUAGAGAAACUGAUGGUGUAGAUGAGGAGCAUGUUGGAUCAGAUAAACCCCUGGAACCAGAAGCUAUGGAUAUAGCCGUAGAGAAAGUGAUUGUUACUAAGAAAGAUGUCCAGAGCAAUGACCAAUCUAGUUCUGAGAAGCAUCUAGAUGCUGUACAGGUGGAUGGAUCAGGGAAACAAAAGAAAGAACUGGAAGGCUCUAGUGAUACCAGCAGUGGAAAAGGCUCCAAGACAGGUAGGGCUGCUGGGGGGGGUUGUGGUGAAGUUUUGCUUCGGUUGUGGAGGGAUUUCCUACAAUGUUUCUCUUCUCGUACGCUACUUUACUGGUCAGCGUGGUGGGCACUGGCUACCUGCGGCUACAACCAGACAGUGAACUAUGUCCAGUCACUCUGGGAACAUGUGGAACCUUCUAGCAACUUCACAGUCUACAACGGUGGAGUGGAGGCCAUCUCAAACCUGUUUGGGGCCGCUGCGGCGUAUGGUAUUGGUUUUUCAUCAGCGGACUGGUCCCGUUGGGGGGAGAUGGCUCUGGGUGCUCUGUCUGCCCUAGAGGGAGGCGCUCUCUUCGCAAUGGUCUUCAGUGGCAACAUCUGGGUCUGCUACUGUGGUUACGUCAUCUUUAAAAGCCUGUACAUGCUGCUCAUCACUAUUGCCAUGUUCCAGAUAGCAGCAGGGUUGAACAUGGAGCGUUAUGCUCUUGUGUUUGGAGCAAACACCUUCUGUGCUCUGGUCUUCCAGACAAUCCUCACCUCAGUGGUGGUGGACAGCAGGGGACUCGGUCUGGAUAUUGUCACACAGUUUACCAUCUAUGGUGCAUAUUUUUCUGUUAUUGCACUCGUUUUCUUCGUGAGGGGUUUGUAUACUACAAUACGCAGAAGACACGUGAUGGAAACACCGAGAGAUGUACUUGAAGGAACUUGUAAUGCAGAAAAAGACACAGAAAUCAUAAAUGGAACAAAAUUCUGAACGCAUAGAAAAGGACACACACAACUGAAUGCCCUGUUUUAGUCAACAUGAAAUCAAAAUUGAUCAAUUUUUCUUUCUUAUUACAUGUUACUGGUCUUAUUCAUGCUAUAUUAUUGUCUUUAUAAUCAUAACCAAACCCAUAUUCUGGUCUGGCUCCAUUCAGGUACGGAACACCCAAUUUUCACGAUUCAUUCAAUUCCUGAUAGCU